AUGGGAAACUGUCUGGUUGGCGGGUCAUCUGCCGGGCCAUCUGGGGGGUCACUUGGGGAGUCAUCAGCGGGACCAUCCUGGAGGUCAUCCGAUGGGUUAUCGGGCGGGUGGCCUGACUUGCCCGCAGUGCCAGCACACAGGCUAAAAGACUUUAUCCACGCAAAACUCAAACCCAGUGAAGAAUGCCUGAAACUGAUAGACCAGGACGUGGAUGCCAUCUCUGACUUCCUGCGGAGCAGUGAGCUCCCUGUGCGGGGAGUGGCUAAGGGUGGCUCCUAUGGCCGGGAAACAGUCCUAAGAGGCUACUCAGAUGGCACCCUUGUUCUCUUCAUGGGUCGCUUCCGUAGCUUUCGGGAUCAGAAGCAAAACCAACGUGAACUCCUCAGUGUGAUUGAACAACGGCUGAAACACCACAAGAAAUAUUCAAAGUCAGUGAGCCUUGGGCACACCCUUGAAGUCCUACUGUCUGUACAAGGGCAGGAGAUACUCUUGAAGGUCCUUCCAGCCUUUGAUCCUCUAUGCUUUGGUGAGGAUUCCAGCUCCCAGAUCUAUCGGGAUCUCAAAAGUUCCAUGGAUCAAGUAAGAGCAGCGCCCGGCGAGUUUGCAGCCUGCUUCACCACGUUGCAGCAGCGGUUCUUCCAGUGGUAUCCCAGGAGAGUGAAGGAACUGAUCCUGUUGGUCAAGCACUGGUAUCAGGAGUGCCAGGAGAAGUGGAUGACUUCCUCACCUCCGGGGUUCCCCUACGCCCUGGAGUUGCUCACUGUGUAUGCCUGGGAACAGGGCUGCCAAGAUGAGGACUUUGACAUCGCAGAAGGUGUCAGGACCGUGCUGGGACUCAUCAAGCAGUCGUCAGAGCUGUGUGUCUACUGGAUAGUCAAUUACGGCUUCGAGGAUGUAACAGUUCGCAAUACUCUUCUGUGCCAACUCAGGUCCCAAAGACCGGUCAUCUUGGAUCCAACUGACCCAACCAAUAAUGUGGGCAAAGACAACGGCUCCUGGCAGCUGCUGACAGAGGCGGCUCAGGCCUGGCUGAACUCUCCCAGCCUGAAUGAUAUGUCACCUGCACAAUGCUGGGAUGUUCUGCCCACAUCACUCUUCAUCACCCCAAGCCAUUUACUGGACACGUUCAUCAAAGACUUCCUCCAGCCCAAUGAAAAGUUCUUGGAGCAGAUCAGAAAAGCUGUUAACAUCAUCUGUGAAUUCUUCAAAAACAACUGCUUCAAGGACUCAAGCACCAAAGUGCUGAAGGCCGUCAAGGGAGGAUCCACUGCUAAAGGCACGGCUCUGAAGAAUGGAUCAGAUGCUGAUAUCGUAGUGUUUCUCAGCCCCCUGAAGAGUUACGACUCACAAAACAAGGAGCGCACAUUGUUCGUCCAGGAAAUCCAGAGGCAAUUAGAAGUCUUCCGAAAGACCCAGGAGCUGGAGGUGAAGUUUGAGAUUUCAAAGUGGACGGCCUCCAGGGUGCUGAGCUUCACCUUGAAAUCCAGGAGUCUCAACGAAAGUGUCGACUUUGAUGUCCUGCCUGCCUAUGAUGCACUAGGUCAGCGGCAUCCUGGCUUCACCUCCAGACCCGAAGCUUACAAGGAUCUCAUUGCAUUAUGUAAAUCAUCAGGCAUCAAGGGAGGAGAGUUUUCCACCUGUUUUACAGAGCUACAGCGCGACUUUAUUAAACCCCGACCCACCAAACUGAAGAGUAUGAUUCGCUUGGUCAAGCACUGGUACAAACAGUGUGAAAGGAAAAUGAAGCCAAAAGCAUCCUUGCCCCCGAAGUACGCCCUGGAGCUUCUCACGGUGUACGCCUGGGAGCAGGGCAGCAGCAUGAAUGAUUUCAACACUGCCGAAGGCUUCCGGACGGUCCUAGACCUGGUCAUCAAAUACCAGCAGCUCUGCAUCUUCUGGACAGUCAACUACAACUUCAAAGAUGAGCCGAUAAGGACGUUCCUACUGACCCAGAUCCAGAAAAAGAGAUGCCUACCAGUAAUCCUGGAUCCAGCUGAUCCCACAGGCGACGUGGGAGGAGGUGACCGCUGGCAUUGGCAUCUUCUGGCCAAAGAAGCAAAUGAGUGGCUCUCCUCCCUCUGUUUUGAACUGCAAAGCGGAGACUCGUGGCAGAAAGUGCAGCCGUGGAAAGUGCCAGUAGUACAGACCCUAGGAAGCUGCGGAACUCAAAUCUACCCCACCGUGGGUAUCUGA